AACAGCAGCAGUAUCCGGAGAAAAUAUGGUUGAACCAAUCUUCGACUACCAAUUCCGACAUAUUCUUAUCGGGGACAGUACCGUGGGCAAGUCGUCACUGCUCAAAUACUUUACCGAUGGCAAGUUUGCGGAGCUAUCGGAUCCGACCGUGGGCGUUGACUUUUUCGCGCACCUGAUCGAGGUGAAGGACGGCACCCGGAUCAAGCUGCAGCUCUGGGACACGGCCGGCCAGGAGCGGUUCCGUUCGAUCACCAAGUCCUACUAUCGCAACUCGGUCGGGGUCCUGCUGGUGUACGACAUCACCAACCACGCCAGCUUCGAGCACAUUCCCCUGUGGAUGAUGGAAGCGAAGCGGCACAUCGAGCCGCACCGGCCGGUGUUUGCCCUGGUCGGGUGCAAGCUGGAUCUAGUUAACAGUGGGGUGCAGAGGCGUGAGGUUAGCGUCGAAGAGGCACGCUCCUUUGCCGAACAGAAUGGGCUCAUCUUCGUGGAGACCUCGGCACGGACCGGGGUCAACGUGAGGGAAGCGUUCAGUCUGGUCACCCAGGAGGUCUACAACCGGAUCCAGUCCGGCGAGUACAAGGUCGAGGACGGAUGGGAUGGCAUCAAGAAGGGUUUCCCGAGGCCCAGCAAUCUAGACUUUAACCUAGUGGUAGCGGAAUCGGCACGAAGUUCGUGCUGCUAAGAAAUUCCUCCAACUAACUGUAGUUGCUAGAUUGUCCGGAAUUGUUUUCUCUUUUUUAACGACAUACAGCACUGUUAGCUGCCCGACGACGAAGACGACUAGUAGAUUAACGAUCAAUUUUUGCGGAAAGGAGAAAGACUCAACUAUCGAUUUAAAGUAGGACAAACGAAGUGUGAAAAUUACAAAAUCUGGUGAAUUCAACAACGAUGUGAUAAAACAAUUCGCGAACUGAUCUGGACCCGGUAGAGGAGUGGCGAGCUAAGAGAAGUGAAAUUCGAAAUUACAAUUACAAAAUUUGUUCUAGUUGGUAUCAAAAAACGGUGGCAUGUUUUCCAAAGGUAAACUUUCAGUUUAUGCACAUUAUGUACACAUACAUUUUUUUAUGUUAACUCACACGCGAAACGCCGAGAAGCGAUUUUCCCAUUGGUGCUUUUGAAUCAAUGUGAAAUUGUAUCAUGUUUAUGUCUUAUUUUUUUCCUCUGUUCAAAUGUUUCAAUUUGUCCUGUUUGUGUUCUCUAGAAGCACGAAAUUGAGUUUAUAAAUGUUUAUUAUUUUUUUGGUUAUAUUUAAGCUUGUGAAAAGUCAGAUUUUAGCAGUAAAACAACAAAGAACGAUUAUGAGAACAUUUUUUAUAUGUACAUAGUAUAAUAUUCCCUAAUUUAGUGAAGUAGUAAAACUGAAAAUGUUUACAUUAAGAAAGAUAUUGGACAUUGAAAUAAAUUGUGUAACCUUAGA